GAAUCUAACCUUUUCAAUUUCUAAACCCUCGAUUCUCUCUCACCUUGCCUUCCACAUUCUCUAGAUUCCGUUUCCUCUCCAAGAUACAACAACCAUCUGUAAUCAUCACUCUCCUCCAUUUCUCUUUUAUGUUCCUGUUUUGAUCGUCAUCAACACCACGAAAAAGUCCAUCGGAAAACAGAGGGCUUUACAUGGGGAGCUUAAAUCCGUCUCCUGAACUCACCUUGGAUCUCAAACCAAGUUUUAUCCCCAAAACUAUCAGUCAGUUUCUUGGAGGAAUGUCGAGAAUCGGUAGCGUAACCGAGAAGGUAUUGCAGGUUGAUGAUUUCGUUGACCGAUUAGAAACCGAAACGCGGAAAAUCGAAGCAUUUGAACGGGAACUUCCUCUGUGCAUGCUCCUCAUCAAUGAUGCAAUUGUUGCAUUGAAAGAAGUUUCAAUGGUGUUAAAGAAAUCAUCAAAUGCUGAGCCUGUACUUGAAGAAUUUAUACCACUCAAGAACAGUUGUGAUGAUGAUGCAAAAGUUGAAAGUAUCAUAAAAAAGGACAGUGGUGAUAAAAAGAAUUGGUUGAGCUCCACACAGCUUUGGAACACCAAUGAGAACAUCAUCCAGAUACCAAAUGCAACAAUUAAAAAGAGAGCUGAGGAAGAAGAUUGUGGGAAAGCAUUUUUCUUCCCUGAAAUCAAGAAUCCAAUGAGGGAAAAUGGUUUGCUUACUGAAAUCAACGGUGACUGUAGAUUGACACAAAAUGUCCAAUCAAACAUACAGACUAGCGGCACCGCCGGUCUGCCACCACACCAGCAGACAUCCAGGAAACAAAGAAGAUGCUGGUCCACGGAGUUGCAUAGACGAUUUGUCAAUGCCUUGCAACAACUUGGUGGCUCACAUGCAGCCACCCCUAAGCAGAUUCGAGAACUUAUGCAAGUAGAUGGUCUCACCAACGAUGAAGUGAAGAGCCAUUUGCAGAAAUACAGGCUUCAUACACGAAGGUUUCCAUCUUCAAACACAAAUCAAUCAGGUGUUGUUUUGGGUGGCGGUUUAUGGAUGCCGCCACAAGAUCAGUAUGUUGGAUCCUCCAAAUGUAGCAAUUCUCAAUCCGGUUCUCCUGAUGGCCCCCUCCCAAAUGGCGGCAACACCAUGGACGACGAAGAAGACGAGAAAUCUGAGAAUUAUUGCUGGACUGGUAAUCUUUAACCAAUUUUAGAAACAAACACCACACUGCAGCCUUUAUUUAUAUAUAAGAAAAGAUGUAAUCUAUACACAAAUAGUAGAAAUUUUGCAGGAUUAGUUCGAUUUUAACUCCAUUAAACUUCUGUUGAUUUGAAUUAUUAGUCCAAUAGAGAACAUGAAGAAUGGAUUAUAUUUAAGCAUAUUAUUCCCCU